AUGUGCUCCCAAGCUUCACCAACAACGACAAGCGUGCAGCACAUUGCGACCGACGUGCAAUGCCCUCUGAUGCACUUUCAUAUUGUCCUCGUCGUCUUCACCGACAUCACGAGCGACUGUAUCGGGUCUGAACUCUCGGCCCAUCACACCACAACAACACCAUCGUUCCUGUUUAGCACAGGUUCAGUUUCUUCCAAACAUCUCAAGACCACCACACCCUCGACAAUGCCUUCAAUGGCUCAGUACAAGCGAUAUUCGGCGAGAGUCUUCGACAGCUUCAACAGCACCGCCACCGUCACCGUCACCGCUCCACCAGCCCCUUCGAUCCCCCUUCGAUCCCCCUUCGAUGAAGCUGUGCGCAUCAGUAAGGUGUCAGCACAAGCCUUCGAAACGCAAGCCUCUUGGCUUCAUCAUGCACCACCGAGCUUCCGCAUCUCCUCAGCCAGUAUCAAGACCUCCUGA